AUGGCGAGCAGUCUCAUAGAGGAUGUGGUGAGGAAGCUUAGUGCCCCGGAGACCGAGCCUCGGGUCAAGGUCGAGGCAGCAUCGGCGCUGCGCGACAGCCUCGACCACUACACCACCGGCCCGGGUUACCCGAUCUUCCUCAAGCGGGUAAUGCCCACAUUCAUCAGCAUCCUCCGCCAGCCAUGCGUGCUCCAGACAUCCACGCCCGACCAGGCCAAUGCACAGAAACUGCGAAACUGCGUUCUCGAGAUCUUCCACCGGUUACCCACGGCGCCGUCCCCGCCCGAACCUUUCGAACCGUACGCGGAGGAGGUGGUGGAUCUGUUGAUGCAGCUGGUGCGCAAUGACAACGAGGACAAUGCUGUGCUGUCCGUCAAGGUCAUCUCGGACAUCAUGCGGCACCAACAUAAGAUCAUGGGCAACAAGGUACAGGCCUUCCUAUCCCUGAUCCAGGAGCUGUUUGAGCAGCUCGACAAGGUCGUCCGCGAACAACUGGACAACACCGCCGCGCCCACCGCGCCGGGGCCGCCUUCGACGCCUGGCAGCACCCAGACCACCUUCAUGCCGCACCAGCAGUCUCCGAGGGCGGCCUCGCCCGUUGCGACGGGAGCCCCCGAUUUCAGCGCCGACGCCAGCCAGCAGUCGAACCGCACCCUACUGAAGGGUAUGCAGUCAUUCAAGGUGCUGGCAGAGUGUCCCAUCAUUGUCGUCUCCAUAUUCCAGGUCUACCGCUCGAGCGUCGCGCAGAACGUCAAGGCCUUCGUGCCCCUGAUCAAGCAGGCUCUCCUCUGCCAGGCGCGGGCCCAGGACCAGGCGCACAAGGACGCCGCUGCCCGCGGCACCAUUCAUACCGGCGUCAGCCCCAAUAUCAAGAACCGGGCUGCGUUUGGGGAGUUCAUCACCGCCCAAGUCAAGACUAUGAGCUUCUUGGCGUACCUGCUCCGGCAAUACUCUGGCCAGCUCACGGACUUCCUGCCCUCCCUCCCGGAGAUCAUCGUCCGCCUCUUGAAAGACUGUCCCCGGGAAAAGUCGGGAGCCCGCAAGGAGUUGCUGGUGGCCAUUCGGCACAUCAUCAACUUCAAUUUCCGGAAGAUCUUCAUUCCCAAGAUUGACGACCUGUUGGACGAGCGGACGCUCAUCGGCGACGGCUUGACGGUGCACGAGACCAUGCGGCCGCUUGCGUACAGCAUGCUGGCCGACCUUAUCCACCACGUUCGCGACCAUCUCUCGCCCGAGCAGAUCCGCAAGACGGUCGAGGUCUACACGCGAAACCUCCAGGACAACUUUCCGGGAACAAGCUUCCAGACCAUGAGCGCGAAGCUCCUCCUCAACAUGGCCGAGUUCAUCGCCCGGAUGCCCAACAAAGUUGAUGCGCGGCACUACCUCAUCAUGAUCCUCAACGCGAUCGCGGACAAGUUUGCCGCCAUGAACAGGCAAUAUCCGAACGCCGUCAAGCUCUCCAAGCAAUACGCUCAGCAGGCGGCCGAGGGCGCUCCCGAGACGUACCUUCCUGACAAGGAGCACCCGCCGGAGUGGGACGAGAUCGACAUCUUCAACGCGAUGCCGAUCAAGGCGUCCCGCGACCGCGCCGGCGACCCCGUUGUCGACAACAAGUUCCUCUUCCGGAACCUGAUGACCGGCCUGAAGAACACCUUCUACCAGCUAAAGAGCUGCAAUCAGGAGGGUGUUGUGGACCUGACCCACGCGCCCGCCCACUGGAAGGAUGUCGCCUACGGCUUCACGGCGGAGGAGGUCAAGGUCAUCAUCAAGCUGUUUCGCGAAGGUGCCUACGUGUUCCGGUACUACGAGAUCGAGAAGCCGGCCGCCGAGUCGCCGUAUAGCUCGCCGGUCGAAUACAUGGCCAAUUUCUACAUGAUCUCGAGCAGCAAAGAAGAAAAGGAGCUCCUCGAGACGUUUGCCACCGUCUUCCACUGCAUCGACCCUGCCACGUUUCACGAGGUGUUCCAGCAGGAGAUCCCACGACUUUACGACAUGAUUCAUGAGCAUACCGCCCUCCUUCACAUACCCCAGUUUUUCCUUGCUAGUGAGGCUACCAGCCCCAGCUUCUGCGGCAUGCUGCUGCGCUUCUUGAUGGAGCGCAUCGAGGACGUCGGCUCGGCCGACAUCAAGAAGUCCUCCAUCCUGCUCCGACUCUUCAAAUUGGCGUUCAUGGCGGUCACCCUCUUUGCUUCUCAGAACGAGCAGGUGCUGCUCCCCCACGUCGUCGACAUUGUGACCAAGUCCAUCGAGCUGUCGACCAAGGCAGAGGAGCCGAUGAAUUACUUCCUGCUGCUGAGGUCGCUGUUCCGGAGCAUUGGCGGCGGCAAGUUCGAGCACCUCUACAAGCAGAUACUGCCGCUUCUCGAGAUGCUCCUCGACGUCCUCAACAACCUCCUGUUGGCGGCUCGCAAGCCCGCCGAGCGCGACCUCUACGUGGAGCUCUGCCUCACGGUACCGGCCCGUCUGAGCAACCUCCUGCCCCAUCUCAGCUUCCUCAUGCGCCCGCUAGUCGUAGCGCUACGCGCGGGCACAGACCUUGUCGGCCAGGGGCUGCGUACUCUCGAAUUGUGCGUUGAUAAUCUCACCGCCGACUAUCUGGAUCCGAUCAUGGCGCCUGUCAUCGACGAGCUCAUGACGGCCCUCUUUGACCACCUCAAGCCCCACCCGUACAGCCACUUCCACGCUCACACCACGCUCCGGAUUCUCGGGAAGCUGGGUGGUCGCAAUCGGAAGUUCAUGACGGACGCCCUGCCCGUCACCUUCCAGCAAUACGUCGAUGAUCGGUCCAGCUUCGAUGUCCGGCUCAUCGGGUCGAAGCGAGACAGGGCCUUUCCGGCACAUCUCGGAAUCGAGCUGGCCAUCCAGAAGUUGAUGGAGGUGCCGAAGCCAGUCAAGGGGCAACUGCCAUCGCCCGCGAAGCAAUACGACCCGUAUUACAAGAGACAGGCCCUGAAUCUGAUCAUCGCCCAGGUCAAACUUCGGGUCGGCUACGAGAACCUUCCGGACGAUCUUCCGCGUCUUGUUCGCCUUCAGGCGCAGGACCUGAUUAACCGCAACAAGGAUGUAGACAUCUCCGUCUUUGAGACUUCGGAGCGCGAGCGGUCAAUGGCCAAGAAGCACGACGAGGAGAAUCUGCUAAAGCGCCUGCUCAAGGCUCUCCUGUAUGCCCAGUCCAUCCCCGACUUCAAGGCCGAGGUGGAUGCGCUGCUGCUGAACCUCGCUCGCCACUUCACCAUCAUCGAGGUGGGGCGGGCUUUGGUCGAAAUGAAGAAGGCCUACAGCCCCUUCGAUACGAAGCUGGGCGAAGGCCCUCUAUUCGUCGACAACAGGGUCCUCUCCGACGCCAUAUUGGAGUCUCUGGCUUCCGAGAAUCCCGACAUCCGCGACGCGGCUGAACGUCUCAUUAAGGAGAUGUACAACUCGGCCGUCAUCAUAUUCGGAUCGCCCUCACACGUCGCCCGUCUGUCCUUCUUCAACAGCCUGGCUGCUACGUUCUGCCACGGCUGCUAUGAAGAGGAGUGGUUUACCAAGACGGGCGGGACAUUGGGGAUCAAGGCUCUGCUGACCGAAGUUGAGCUUGGCGAUCUAUGGGUAGCGGCGAAGCAGAUCGAGUUCGUCCGUGCCCUUAUGUACGUCAUCAAGGACAUGCCCCAGGAUCUGCCCGAAAAGACACGGCGAUCGGCACAGGUCACGCUCGAGAUACUCCUCACUCGACUCACCAAAAACGUUAAGAAGGCUGACUGCAUCUUCGCUCCACCCGCGGCGGGGACCCAGCCGCCACAGCCUUCUCCGAAACCUUCCCGGAUUGCCCAGAUCGUCAUGAUGCUCAACGGGGAGCUCUCGCACAUGAACCGGCACGUCCGAGACACGGCGAGGAGGUCUCUGGAGCUGAUUGCGAAGGCCGCCGGGGCCGAGGUCUGGGAGCUCCUCGAGCCCCAUCGCAAGCAUCUGCUGCAGCCUAUCUACGCAAAGCCUCUGCGGGCUUUGCCCUUCGCCAUCCAGAUCGGCUUCAUCGACGCCGUCACCUACUACAUGUCGUUGAAGCGCGGCUUUGUCGCCUUUGACGAGAACCUGAAUCGUCUUCUGAUGGAGUCGUUGGCUUUGGCAGACGCCAGCGACGAGUCUCUGGCUGGGAAGAUGCUCGAGUUCAGGACACAUAACUUCAUUGUCAAUCUUCGCGUGGCCUGUAUCAAGAUUCUCAGCAGCGCGAUGAGCUUUGACGAAUUCGGGAGCGGUCCCAACAAUCCCACGAGGCUCAAGGUCGUCUCGGUCUUCUUCAAAUGUCUGUAUUCCGACUCUCAGUCGACAAUCGAAGCGGCCAACGACGCACUGAGGACGGUGGAGAUUGGGGCGCGCCUCCUCGAGCACGUCAAGCUCAUUGCCGAGCCCAACUUCCUCCAACAGGUCUCCUUCACCUUUUUCGAGCAGCACAACUCCUUAAAGGUUAUCGCCGCCGUCUUCAACAUCUUCCAUCUGCUUCCUGACGCCGCCAAGCAGUUCAAGGAGCGGGUCAUCGACAACGUCCUCGACCUGGAGGAGAAGCUGCGCAGGACGCACCACAGCCCGUUCCGCCUGCCCCUGUACAAGUACCUCAACAAGUACCCGUCAGACGUCUGGGCCUUCACCCUGGGCAAGCUUGAGGAGUUGAGGUACGGCCGGUUCCUGUCCCAGGUGCUCCGGCAUCCUGACAGCCAAGUGCUCCGAGACUAUGGCGCCGCAAACGUCGAGUUCAUCAUCAGGACGUGCAAUAAUAUCGUCACCCAGGGCAAGGAGACCAAAUUCAUCGCGAUCGUCAACACCAUCAACAUGUUGGAUGCCCUGUGCCAGUUUCCCGGCACCCUGUCGUGGUUGGACAACAAGGAGCACAUUGAUUGGCUGAAGCAGGUCGGAAAGGAGCUGGAACGGAACUUGAAAGCCAACAGCCUGCCGCCGGUUCUCCGGCUUCCGGCCCAUCAGGCCUCGGAGCAGCUCAUGACCAUCUUGACCAAGGCUUUGGGGCGAAAUCCCGGCGAUCUGGACUCGCUCUUUGCUCUCAUCGAGGGCAUUACGGCCGAUGAUUUCCGCGAGACGCCGGCCGUGCUGUCGCACAUAUACAAACACAUCAUCUGCAGCGACUCGAUCGACUUCUGGAAGACCACCGUGCUUCGCUGUCUUGAUAUUUACGCCGGCAAGAGCGCAUCGCAGCGAACCAAAUGGUAUCUGCUCCACAACAUUGUCAAUCCGAUUGUAGCAAUGGAUGUGAUGCGGCACUGGAACCGCGGCGAACCUGGCAGGGGCCCACGCUUCCUCGACAAGGCCAUUAUUGACUCGAUCAACACCAAGAUCUGGAAGGUCAACUUGCCUGACCCCCAGGAAGACCUGUUGCAACCGCGGAUCGACCACACCCGCAUGGAGGUGCUUCAGCUUUCCGCCAUGAUCGUCAAAUAUCACCACACCGUCUUGCACGAUGCCCGAAAGGAUUUCAUCAAGUUUGGCUGGACCUACAUUCGGCUCGACGACGUCAUCAACAAGCACGCGGCGUACGUGGUGAUAGGCUAUUUCAUCGCCCACCACGAGACGCCGGCCAAGAUUGUCACCCAGAUCUAUUUCUCCCUGCUGAAGACGAACCAGAACGAGGGCCGCGCGCUCGUCACCCAGGCCUUGGAACUGAUGGCACCGGUUAUGCCUAAGAGGUGCAACACGGCACUGACUGACCGCAACCCCGUCUGGGCGGUCGCACCGCGGCGUAUUCUCGCCGAGGAGAGCCAGAACGUGCAGCAGAUGACGUGCAUCUUCCACUUCCUCGUCCGGCACCCGGAUCUGUUCUACCACACUAGGGACAAGUUCGCCAUGCUGAUCAUUCAAUGCCUCCGCAAAGUGGCAUCGCCGCCCAAUCCGUCCAACGAGAGCCGGAAGCUCGCGCUCAACAUGAUGUGGCUGAUCUGGCAGUGGGAAGAGCGACGUGUGGAGGGAAAGAUGAGCGAGCCACUCCGCGCUGCAUCCGAGUCACCCAACACCAAGAAGCGCAAGCUAGAGGAUCAGCAGGCAUCGUCUCCUUCGGCGGUGCGACAGCCGGAGAAGGCAGAGUUCCAGAUCCCCGCGGUGGGCCGCCAAAAGAUGAUCAAGUACUUGGUGGAGUUCAUCGCGCAGCUGAACGAGCGGUAUCCGCUCCCAUCCGCUAAGCCGCGCGAUCCUGCCUUACCAGUGCUGCCUUCGCAGGCGCCGGACUUGUGCAAGAAGGCCAUGACUCUCUUGUAUAACCUCCUUCAACCGCAAUACUGGGGAGACCUGGACGUCGAUCUGUUCCCCAAUGUCACCGACGUGGUAUUGGCCAGCGAGAAGUCUGCAAGCCUUCUCGCCGCCGAUCCUUCGGACACGGACAAGGUUGAUGAUAAAUUCAUCACUAACAUCAUCAACACGUUGCAGGUUGUCCGCAUCAUCCUCAACUUCAAGUCUAAUGAGUGGAUCCUCAAGAACAUGCCCCAGAUACAGAAGAUCUUGGAGAAGUGCCUGAGGUCCGAGAAUCCCGAGAUCCAGGACUGCCUACACGUGGCGGAUAGGGAGUACGACGGCGACCGGGACAUCAAGCCGAUCGUGAAACGCAUCCUGGACGCCGUUCCGGAAGACGUCCCGAUGGAGGAUGCGGAUGCCGACGGUGAAUCAGAAACGCAAACCUCGGAGAUCAUCACUUUCUUCUCCAGCAUCGCCACGGAGAGCAUGGCCGCAUCGAAUUACGUGUCCGGCAUCAACCUUUUGUGGUCCCUUGGAUCUCGCAAGCCGUCCGCCAUUGACCAGCACAUACCCUCCAUCAUGAAGUCGCUGCAGUCAAAGCUCGCCCGCGAUCACGUCUCUCACUACGCGGCAUUGGCGCAUCAGGCCAGUGGUAUGCGGGCGCAGCAAGAUCCGAACGCGCCGACCGAGAUGAACCCCUACGACCUCGAGAUCCAGACGAACCUAAUCCUCAAGGCGAUCGAGGUCACUGCCAUGCGCAUGGACAUCCUCGGGGACAACAGGCGUCCCUUCCUGAGCGUCCUGGCAACCAUCGUCGAGAAGUCACUGCAUGUGCGUCUAUGUGAGAGGAUAUUGGAGAUGGUGGAGGGCUGGGUCUUCCGCUCCGAAGGAACGUGGCCCACGCUGAAGGAGAAGACGGCGGUUCUGCACAAGAUGAUCUCUUUUGAGCACCGCCAGGAUCCGCACAUGCUAAUGAAGUUCCUCCGACUCGUCCUUCGGAUCUACGAAGACCCCAAGAUCACGCGGACGGAGUUGACGGUUCGCAUGGAGCACGCGUUCCUCAUUGGUACCCGGGCUCUCGAUGUCGAGAUGCGCAACAAGUUCAUGACCAUCUUCGACAAAUGCCUCUCCAAGACCGCAAGCGCGCGAUUGGCCUAUGUCAUCCUGGGGCAGAACUGGGACACCCUGGCAGACUCUUACUGGCUAGCGCAGGCGUCCCAGCUCCUCUUGGGUGGCGUGGACAUGAGCCCGGUCAUCCAGCUUCACCAUGAGGAUUUCCGGACGCUGCAGCUUUCCCAGCUGUUCGGUCCCUACACCAAGGACAACCGCGAACCGACGCUGAUCAGCGACGACAAGUACGAAUCCUUUAUGGCGAACCACCGGCGCUUCAUGGCCGAGCUUGGCGACGUCAGGGUCCGAGAUAUCCUCGAACCUAUCACUCAGCUGCAGCACAUCGAUCCCAACUUUGCGAACGAGCUUUGGGUGACGCUGUUCCCGAUGUUCUGGUCUGCAACAGCGAAGGAGGAUAGGCCGGACCUCGAACGCGGCCUGGUGGCGCUGCUCACGAAGGACUACCACUCGCGUCAGAUGGACAAGCGGCCAAAUGUAGUGCAAUCACUGCUGACGGGAGCCGUGAGAACCUGGCCGCACUGCAAGAUCCCCCCGCACGUCCUCAAGUUCGAAGCCAAGACGUAUGACGCGUGGUACACGGCGCUCUACCAACUCGAGAACUCGGCCAUCAAGCCGGAAAUCGACUCUGCGACCGUGCGAGAGAGCAACCUGGACGCGCUGGUCGAUCUCUACGCGUCUCUUGGCGAGGACGAUUUGUUCUACGGGACGUGGCGUCGCCGCUGCCAGUUUGUGGAAACGAAUGCGGCGCUGUCGUACGAGCAACACGGCAUGUGGGAAAAGGCCCAGCGGAUGUAUGAGACGGCUCAGAUCAAAGCCAGGACGGGCGUGAUUCCCUUCUCUGAGUCGGAGUACAUGCUCUGGGAGGACCACUGGGUGCUCUGCGCCCAGAAGCUCCAGCAGUGGGAGAUCCUCCAGGACUUUGCCAAGCACGAGAACUUCCAAGAUCUGCUCCUGGAGUGCGCGUGGCGGAACCCGGAGUACUGGCAGAACCAGGAGAACCGCGACCAGCUGGAUACGCUCAUCAAGGGCGUCAUGGACGCGCCGACCCCGAGACGAUCGUUCUUCCAGGCGUUCAUGUCCCUGCUGAAGCUACACAACAAGCAGGAAAGCAUGCAGGACUUCAACCGUGUCGUGGACGAGGCCAUCCAGCUGUCCAUCAGGAAGUGGCACCAGCUGCCGAAGCGUCUCACAGCAGCUCAUAUCCCGGUUCUUCAGAACUUUCAGCAGCUCGUCGAGCUUCAUGAUGCCAGCGUCAUCUCUCAGAGUCUGAACAGCACCAACGCCAACAAUCUCGACGUCAAGUCUGGCGAGCUGAAGCUGCUGCUCGGGUCGUGGAGGGAUAGACUUCCCAACAUGUGGGACGAUAUCGUCGCAUGGCAAGAUCUGGUUACCUGGCGGCAGCACAUUUUCGGGCUCAUCAACGCGACUUACCUGCAACUUGUGCCCGCGCAGCCGCAGAAUCCGGGCGGGGUCUCAUUCGCGUACCGGGGAUAUCACGAGACAGCAUGGAUCAUCAACCGCUUUGCACACGUCGCCAGGAAGCACGCGCUGCCGGAUGUCUGCAUUAGCCAGCUGAGCCGCAUCUACACGCUUCCUAACAUUGAGAUUCAGGAGGCGUUCCUGAAGCUGAGGGAGCAGGCCAAGUGCCACUACCAAAACCCCGAUGAGCUAACGAGCGGGCUGGACGUUAUCAACAACACAAACCUCAACUACUUCAGCGCGCCACAAAAGGCCGAGUUCUACACUUUGAAGGGCAUGUUCUUGGAGAAGCUCAACCAGAAGAAUGAAGCCGACAGCGCCUUCGGUACCGCCCUCUAUUUCGACAUCACGGCGGCUAAGGCAUGGGCGGAGUGGGGCUACUUCAACGACAGAAAGUUCAAGGAGAACCCGACAGACUUGGCAGCGGCCAAGCAGGCCCUCACGAGCUAUCUGCAGGCCGCGUCGAGCUACAAGAAUCACAAGUCGCGAAAGCUGAUUGCGCGCAUCCUCUGGUUGCUGAGUCUGGACGAUGCGAACGGCACGAUCGCGUCAGGGUUCGAUGACUUCAAGGGCGAGAUCCUCGUCUGGUGGUGGAUCACGUUCAUCCCGCAACUUCUGGUCGGCCUCGGGCACAAGGAGUCGCCGCGGGUGCAGCACGUCCUCCUCAAGAUCGCCAAGACCUACCCGCAAGCGCUGUACUUCCAGCUCAGAACGAACCGGGAGGACAUGCUCGCCAUCAAGAAGAACCAGGAUGCCAAGGAGCGCGCCCGGCGUGCACAGGCACAGGCCGCGGCCAACAGGCCGAAUGCUUCUCCUCAGUUGACGAAGAAAGAUCCGGCCGCCGCUGGCAACAGCGACUCUCGACCGGCCACGGCCAACGGGGACGCGAGCGGACAAGUCAAGACGGAGGCUAAGCCCGAAGGCGAAGCCGCGAACACACCAAAGGCUCCGCCUCCGGCGACCAACGGGACGGCACAGGGCGAGCAGACGGGUGGUGGCGGUGGCAGUGGUGGACCACAAAAGAGGCCGCCGUGGGAGCUUACCGAAGAGAUCAUGAGCGUCCUCAAAACGGCCUUCCCCUUGCUCGCGCUGUCGAUGGAGACUAUGGUGGACCAGAUUCAGAAGCACUUCAAGUGCCCGCCGGAUGAGGACGCUUAUAGGUUGAUCGUUGCCCUCCUGAAUGACGGGCUCGCCUACGUCAGCCGGAUGCCGACGUCGUACGCCCGGGAUGUUAAGCUUCCCUCGGCCACGGAGAACAACAUCACCCGGUUUGCCGAGACAAUCCUGCCAAGCCACAUCCGUGGCACGUUCGAAGCGGACUUUGUCAAGGUCAAGCCGACCAUGUACGAGUACAUCCACAACCUUCGCAAGUGGCGCGACAAGUUCGAGGAGAAGCUCGACAGGCGGGCGUCGCCGGUGCCGCUCGAAAGCUUCGCUCAUUAUUCGCCGCACCUGAGCGAGUUCCGGUACCAGAAGUUUGACGACGUCGAGGUGCCGGGCCAGUACCUGCAGCACAAGGAUAAGAACCAGGAUUUCGUCCGCAUCGACAGGUUCCUGCCCAACGUGGAGCUCGUGCGCACGAUAGGGGCGUCGCACCGGCGGCUGCAGAUUCGCGGUCACGACGGCAGCGUGCACACGUUUGCGGUGCAGCACCCUGCAGCGCGGCACUGCCGGCGCGAGGAGCGCAUCCUGCAGCUCUUCCGGCAGCUCAACCAGACCCUGGCCAGCAAGAAGGAGAGCCGCCGGAGGGACCUGCAGUUUACGCUGCCGCUGAUGGUGCCUCUUGCGCCCCACAUCAGGAUCGUGCAGGAGGACACGACGUACAUCACGCUGCAGGGAGUGUACGAGGACCACUGCCGGCGCCACGGGAUCCAAAAGGACGAGCCGAUGCUGUACACGAUGGAGAAGUUGAGGGGGCUGGCGGACACUAAGGGACCGAAACCGGCCGAGCACGCGGCAACGGCACGGCUGGAAGUGAUGCGGGCGAUCCAGGAGAAGUUUGUGGACAACACGGUGGCGCUCGAGUACUUCCAGGGCACGUUCCCCGACUUCUCCGAGUUCUGGCUCUUCCGGCGACGGUUCUCGUACCAGCUGGCGGCGCUGACCUUCAUGACGUACGUGCUGCACAUCGACAAGCGGUACCCGCACAAGAUGCACAUCGCGCGGGGAUCGGGCAAUAUCUGGGGCUCGGAGCUCAUCUCGUUCAUGGCGGCCAACCGGCCGUACUUCCACAACCAGGAGCCGGUGCCGUUCCGGCUCACGCCCAAUCUGCAGACGCUCAUGGGACCGCUGGCGACCGAGGGUAUCUUUGCGUGCUCGGUCAUGGCGAUCGCGCGGUGCCUGACGGAGCCCGAGUUCCAGCUGGAGCACGCGCUGACGCUGUUUGUGCGGGACGAGAUGAUGUACUGGUUCACCAGCUCGCACCGCAGCGUGGCGCUCACGGAGAACCAGCUGCGCGAGACGGUGCAGGCGAACAGCGACAUGAUUGUCAAGAAGGCGGUCUCGCUUGCCCAGGCGCCCGCGGGCAACCUGCCUGCGCACCAGACGGUGAUCGACCUGAUCGCCAAGGCGGUCAACCCCAUGAACUUGGCCAUGUGUGACGCGCUGUGGAUGCCGUAUCUGUGAGUGAGCUCGCGGCGGGCGGAGACGGACGGAGUGUGUGUGUGUGUGGUAAUCAAGAGGUCAGUGGUUGGAUGAAGUGGGAUUAUGAGAUUGGAGGUGGCAUCGGGGACAGCUGCAAGAGGGUGUCUUGCACGGGUGCUGGAGCGGGUGGUGGUGAGCCAUAUUAUGGCGUGGCGUUGGCGGUAUUCUGUAUCAUGUACUCCGUAUGCUGUAUUGUAUUGAUUUUCAUUGGGCAACGGCCGGGAAGGCUGGAUUAGGGAGCGGAAAAAGCGGGUGGGGGGACUUAUGUGUUGAUGUGUUACACACCAACGGAUCCGGGAUCGAGCGGUGUUUGCAAGUCAUUGCUUUUUAUACUCUUGUCAAUCCAUCUCAUGUAAUGAGAAUCUUUAGUCUGUG